UCGGUGACGGGACACGCGGCGGUCUGGGGACUCGGAUCUGGCGUGGACACGAUCAGCGCGCAGGCGAACGGGAUGGGACGAAUCGACGUCGUCGGAGAGACGUUCGCGCGAGGGAUGGCGGUGCUGUGGACGCUGGCGUGGGCGCCGGGGAGUUUGACGUGGUGGAAGAGCGGGACGAUUUUGCGCGUCGCGGGCGUCGACGCGGAGACGGCGGAACGCGUGGAACGGUUCGCGAGGUGGCGCGUACCGGGAUUGUUUUUGCAGUGCGCGACGUGCGUGAUGCUGAAGACGAUGCUGGCGAUGAAACGGAGUCGUCGGGUGGCGGCGCUGAGCGUGUGCACGACGCCGUUGAAAUUUAUAGCGCCGUUUUUCUGCAUUCGGAAGUUUAGAAAUCUCGAGGGCGCGGCGAUUGGGUUGACGCUCGUCGACAUCGGGACGUUUAGCAUGUACGCCGUGGGUUUCGCGACGUCGGAGACGCUGCGAGGCACGCUGAAGAACGUGCGCGUGUUUCCAGACGCGUUUCGAGACUGGUGGGGGUAUUUGCGCUUGGCGAUUCCAGGGAUGGGGAUGCAAUGCAUCGAAUGGUGGAGCUGGGAUUUCAACACCGCGCUCGCGGGGCUGUGCGCCGAUCCCACGCUCGAGCUCGACGCGCAGGCGUUCUUGUCCAACACGUACUUUUUCUUUUACUCGUGGGCGUGCGUGUGGUCGAGAGGGGCGUCCACGAGCGUUGGGAACGCCGUCGGCGCCGGGAAAACGCGAGACGCGGCGACGCUCGCGGCGAGCACGGCGGCGUUGUCAUUUUCGUUCGCCCUCGUGUGCGCGAUGGUGUUUUACGCGAAUGCGGACGCGGUAUUCGCCGUGUACACGAAUGACAAAGCCGUCGUCGAAAGGCUCGACGCGUUGGUGCCCACGCUCACGUGGUUCAUAGUCAUCGACGCCGUACAAGUCGCCACCGCGGGGAUCAUAGUCGGCGCCGGGUACCAAGGGGUAACCACGCCGAUUUUGAUCGUGUCGUACUGGGUCAUCGGCUUACCCCUCGCCGCGUAUCUCGCCAUCGGUCGCCCCAAGCUCGGUUUGGUCGGGAUUUGGACCGGCAUAAUCGUGAGCAGCGUGCUCCAUUUGAUGUGGAAUUUAGUGAUCUGUUUUACGGGCGCGUGG